AGCGCGUAACUCUGCCGCGUCAGUCACCAGCCUCACUCACUCCAGUUCAGGUCCAGUCUAUCAAAAGCAGUCAGACAGUCGCCGCGAGAGCACGCGCCGCGCCCGCGCGCCACUCCGUACACGUACACAAUAACACUCACUUAACUAGCGAAUCACUUUCGUUACGUUAUCCCGUAACUAUGAUAACACUGUGAAUUAUUUGUUUUGGGUUUGUCUCCGCGGUUCCUGUACCCACAUUUCUAAGGAGCCCAAGAUAACAAAAUGCUACAAUCGGCAAGCGACGACAGUGGAAGUUCCGAGGUGGUGUCGCCAGAUCACAUGCUGCUAUAUUACGAUGAUAAUUUUGAGUACUUCGAAAGUAAGCCUGAUGUGGCCGAUAUGAAAAUAGAACCAACUGGAGAGUCGUACGAGAGCGGCAGUGGCAGCGACGAGCUGGUGCACCGUCCGGUAAAGAGGCGGCGUCCAGCAGCCGCUCCCAGCGUCGGCAGCCCUCCCGCCAGCACGGGCCGACGACGACGUGGCUACUCCGCGCGUGAACGCAACCUGCGCCGCCUGGAGAGCAAUGAACGGGAACGAAUGAGAAUGCAUUCGCUCAACCGCGCUUUUGAGGAUCUUCGGCGUGUUAUACCGCAUGUACAAAAAGUAAGCAGAAGUCUAUCCAAGAUAGAGACGUUGACACUUGCCAAAAAUUAUGUGAAAGCCCUUACUAAUGCCAUAUGCACGAUAAGGGGCGAAGGAAACCAUUACCUAUUUACGAGCGCUGACGACAACGUGGAGCCGCCAUUUAUUUUAAGUAGAGAUAUGGAGCAGAAUAAUAAUGAUGUAAAUGACCGACAGCCGGAGCCAUCGCCGAUAAUCACCAGAAGAAGUCUCUGACUAAUGUCGAAGCGACGUUAGUCGUACGCGCCAUUUUUACCUGAAUAAAGUCGGCAAGCUCUAGCAAAACCAAUGUUAAAUACCAAAUUUUUGUUGAGGUACAAAGUUCACUCAUGUACUGUUGCAAAGAAAAUUAAGUGAAAUACUAAAAAAAUACUCGUGAUAAGAUUGAUUAAAAUAUUUUUUUUACUAUCUUAGCGAUUGUACAAGACCAAUAAAUAAUUGUAACCAUCACACCAUCAGACGAUUUGCUUCUCAGUUGGCCGACAGAAAUAAUUUUAAUCGACGAACUGGCUCUCAACGGACACCGAGAUCUAAAAAUUUAUUAUAAGAAUAAAUGUGAGUAGUUAUUAACAUUUACCAUAGACAAAUUUUUAUGUUUUUUAUAAUUUGUGUAAAAAUGAAAACCACGGUUUUUGCAAGAACAAUAAUAUUGAUAUUAUGAUCACUUUACAUUAUUUCUGUCCAGCGGUCUAAUCCAGCGCUGGAUUACAACU